AUGACAGCCAAAGUCGCCCAGUAUAUCACGGUGAUCGACCGAUCGAACAAAGUGAUUGGUAACUCUAAACAGUUCAAAGAUGUCUUUCGAGAGGCCAAAGCGGCUUAUCAGGAACGCAAAGCCGAGAUCAAGGCUCAGCGAAAACUAAAAGAAGAGGCAGAACUACAGAAAGCCAUUCGUGCAGUGAGCAUACAGGACGAGCAAGAGAGGGCAAGCACUCAUGCAGAUCGCAGAAGUCCUGCCGGUUACCAAGAACGACCAAGAGCACAGCAUAUGUAUAGUAGCGACACAUCGCAAUGGGAAAGUGGUCGAAGCAGCCCUCGCGAAGGUCCUGCUCAACACAUGUCGCUUGGUCAAUUCAACGACCAUAUCUAUGGCCCGCAUGGCGCAGCAGCUUCAGCUCGUCGAGCCUCGCAUACGGUACCAGGCUCACCAGCUGCAGAAUGGGACUACUCUGAUCCGACAUCUCGAGGUUUAGUUCGCGCUCGGACUGAUCUGCCGUGGGAACAUCGCCAACGACCUUCCCAACAACUUAUCCGCUCACAAUCUGCCGACGACAUAGAUCUCGAUCUAGCAUAUGGCGAGUAUCACCCCGAAUCCCUCAUCGUCACAUCUCAAGAGCAAAAAGAGAACGAACUAAAAUCGCUCGUCUUGAAAUGCAGAAUGCUCCUCGAAGAAGCAGACUGUGCAGGCCAUUCCGCAAAAGCCAUAAUAGGACAUCUACAGAAGAACCCAGAUACGCUGGCCGCAGUAGGUCUGACUCUUGCUGAAAUAUCAAACAUAGUCGGGAAGAUGGCUCCAGGCGCAGUAGGCAUGAUCGCUAAGUCCGCGCCCGCUGUCAUGGCCCUGCUAGUCUCACCACAGUUCCUAAUCGCGGUUGGAGUCAGUGUAGGCGUCACCGUCAUUGCAAUUGGAGGUUACAAAAUCGUCAAGCGCAUCAAAGAGAAAGCUGCAAACGAAGACGCAGACCAGCAUAUCGGACCUGGUCUCGAUGAGGCAAUCGACGUCCACGAACUCGACAGAAUCGAGCAGUGGAGACGUGGCAUCAACACGACCGCUCAAGACGACGGCGGCAGUAUCAUCAGCGGCACGAGCGUCGAAGGAGAGUUUAUCACACCGUUCGCUGCGCAAAGCAUGGGUCACUUACCUGCGAAGUCUCUGGCUGGAAAGAGCAAGAAGAGCAGCAAAGACAAGAAAGCGGAUAAGGAGAGCAAGAAAGGCGAUGCGAAGAAGAAACACAGGAAACAUCGAAGUGGUAGUGAGGACACAGGCAGUGCAACUAGCCAAGGCACUGAGAGUACUUUCAAGACCAGCAGCACACUGGGCCAGAAAGACAAAAGCCUCAUCAAGGUGAAGAAACCGAGUCCAUUAAGUAGGAUGUUCAGUGGGACAAGCGUAAGGAGUUGA